AUGGGCCGCUACCGCAUCCACGUGGCCACCGGGGCCUGGCUCUUCUCUGGGUCAUUCAGCCCCUUGCAGCUGUGGCUGGUCGGGGAGCGCGGGGAGGCGGAGCUGGAGCUGCAGCUGCGGUCAACGCGGGGCCAGGUGGAGGAGUUUGAACAGGACGUUCCCCAGGACUUGGGGCCACUGCAGUUCGUGAAGUUGCGCAAACACCACUCCCUGGUGGACGACGCCUGGUUCUGUGACCGCAUCACCGUGAAGGGCCCAGGAGACUUAGAGGAGGCCGCCUUCCCCUGCUACCGCUGGGUGCAGGGCCAGAGCGUGCUGACCCUGCCUGAGGGCACAGCCCGCCUGGCAGGAAACAAUACCUUGGAUGUGUUCCAGAAGCAUCGAGAAAAGGAACUGGAGGAAAGACAGCAAAUCUACUGCUGGGCCACCUGGAAGGAAGGGUUACCCAUGACAAUUGCUGCAGGCAGUAUAGAUGAUCUGCCUCCAAAUAUGAGAUUCCAUGAGCAGAAGAGGCUGGACUAUGGAUGGACAGUGAUUGCAGGGCUUAUGGAGAUGGCCCUCAAAUAUGUUUACACCCUCCUAAGCCCCUGGAAACGCCUGGAAGAUUUUGAUCAGAUCUUCUGGGGACAAAAGACUGCCCUGGCUGAGAAGGUUCACCAGUGCUGGCAAAAUGACCCUUUUGGCUACCAGUUUCUCAAUGGCACCAACCCCAUGCUGUUAAGUCACUCCACCUCUCUGCCCUCUAGGCUGAUGCUGCCCUCGGGGAUGGAGGAGCUUCCCCAGUUGGAGAAAGAACUGCAGAAAGGUUCCCUUUUUGAGGCUGACUUCAUUCUACUGGAUGGAAUUCCAGCCAAUGUGGUCCAAGGAGAGCAGCAGUACCUGGCUGCCCCCCUUGUCAUGCUCAAGAUGGAACCCAGUGGGAAGCUGCUACCCAUGGUCAUCCAGAUCCAGCCUCCCAGCCCCAGCUGCCCCACCCCACCACUGUUCCUGCCCUCAGAUCCUCCACUUGCCUGGCUCCUGGCAAAGUCCUGGGUCCGAAGUUCAGAUUUCCAUGUUCAUGAGCUCCAGUAUCACUUGCUGAACACUCAUCUGCUGGCUGAGGUUAUUGCUGUGGCCACCAUGAGGUGCCUCCCAGGACUGCACCCUGUCUUCAAGCUCCUGAUCCCACACACCCCCCGCUACACGGACAUCAACACGAGGGCACGGAACAAACUCAUCUCAGAUGGAGGUUUAUUUGAUAAGGGAUGGAGCACAGGUGGAGGGGGCCUUGUGCAGGUGUUCCGGCGGGCCAUGACUCAGCUGACCUACCGCUCCCUCUGUCCUCCUGAUGAUCUGGCUGACCGGGGCCUGCUGGGAAUCCCAAGUGCCCUCUAUGCCAAUGAUGCUUUACGGCUCUGGGAGAUCAUUGCUCGGUACGUGGAGGGGAUUGUCUACCUCUUCUACCACGGGGAUGAUGUUGUCAGAGGGGACCUUGAGCUGCAGGCCUGGUGUUGGGAGAUCACUGAGGUGGGGCUGUGCCACGCCCAGGACCGAGGUUUCCCUGUCUCCUUCCAGACUCGGGCUCAGCUCUGUCAUUUCCUUACCAUGUGCAUCUUCAGAUGCUCUGCCCAGCAUGCAGCAGUGAACACGGGCCAGUUCGACUGGUAUGCCUGGGUCCCUAAUGCCCCAUCCUCAAUGCGGAUGCCCCCACCCACCACCAAGGAAGAUGUCACAAUGGACACAGUGAUGGGCUCACUGCCUAAUGUCUGACAGACCAGUCUUCAAAUGUUUGCCACAUCGCUCAUUAGCCAGCCCCCGCCAGACAUGGUACCACUGGGGCAUCACCAAGAAGAGUAUUUCUCAGGUCCUGAGCCCAAGGCUGUUUUAAGGCAGUUUCAGGCUGAUCUAGACAACCUGGAAAAGGAAAUCGUGGCCCGGAAUGAGCAGCUAGACCUUCCCUAUGAAUACCUGAAGCCCAGCCUCAUAGAGAGCAGUGUUGCUAUCUGAGCCCAAAUUGUUCAUCCUUCAAAUACUUGAGGCCACCACCAUGGUUAACAUUUCCCCCACUCUUUUCAUGGGUCUGAGUUGCUAUGGUUCUAUUUUCUCCUGUUGGGUUCCCUACCUAAAUAUUUCACCUGCAUGAGGCACUGUCCUUCCUUCCAGUUCCCUAACAGGAUGGUCUUUAACUUGAAACCAACCCUCUUAGAGAAAUCAACUAUCUACUCAUGUAAUUUUUUCUUUCCUCUGGAAAUUUU